AUGAGUGAUACGCAAGCGGAAGACAAAAGAGCUGCCAGCACGAUGGAGAUCGCAACGGCACCGCCGCCGCCCCCCACAGCCGCUGGCAGGCCGCCCACCUCGCAGCUCUUUUCGCGGGGCAAUCUGGUUAGCAGUCGCACGGGCGGCGACAAGACGGCGCUGGCCAGACCCUCGACAGCGGUGCGGGCCGUGGGCUAUGCGGCCAGCACGAGCGGCUCGGCGGGUCAGCGGUUCGAUCAAUUCUUUCUGGAGAAGGUCAAACAGCAGACGCUGUCCUCGGCCAAUGCCGCCGUCGACGCGGCCAAGGAGGUUAAUCCCCAGAUCAAGUACAAGAAUAUGGAGGUCAAAAUCGUCAAACUUUUGGAGUCCUCAAUCGUGCUGGCGGCGCGCAGUUCCGCGAAUCGCACAAAUGGUUCGUCCGUUACGGAAGUGAAGUCCGCGCUGGCCGAGGCUCUGAACAAGGCAAAGGAUGCAUCUUCGUUGGAUCGCAUACUGCAUCAUGAACAGGAUAAACAGGGCGAAAAUGUUUUUCACAACUUUGACUUGACCUAUGCGCAAUACGAGCACAAUGACAUGCACAUCGAGGCCCUGAACACGUACAACAUCAUGACCAAGAACAAAAUGUUUCCGCAUGUGAAUCAACUGAAGUUAAACAUGGGCAACAUCUACUUCAAGAUGGGGAUGCACAAAAAGGCCAUCAAAAUGUAUCGCAUGGCACUGGAUUCGGUGCCGAGCACGCUGAAGCAGUUGCGCUUGAAAAUCACCGAGAAUAUUGGAGUAUUAUUUGUGCGGAUGGGCCAGUAUGCGGAUGCUGCGUCCAGUUUUGAGUUUAUCAUGUCAGAACGCGCGGACAUUCGCAGCGGCAUCCACCUGCUGCUCUGCUACUAUGCCAUGGGCGAUGUGGAGAAAAUCAAGAGCACCUUCCGCAGCCUGUGCGAUGUGCAGCCCGUCGAAACCGAGCGCGACUUGGAGAACGAGAAUAAUAUAAUACGCUUGCAGCAGCAGGCGGAACAGGCCGGACAAACGGGCGCGGAUCAGGUGCCAGCUGCCGGCAACCAGGCAGCCGAGGUGGCCAUUAUCGAUGCAGAGGGCAACAGCUCCUACGAGCAGGUGACCGAGCCCAACAAGAGCUCUGCGAAUGCCAAAAAUCGCUACGUCCUGCAGGCCCUCAAAACUGACGAGCUGGCCAUUUAUACAAAGCAAAGGCGCAACACGGAGAAGCGUUCCAUUACAAUGAUUGUCGAUCUGAUAUCCCCGCUGAUCGAGGAGAACUACAAUGAUGGCUACAACUGGUGCAUUGAGGUGAUACGGACAUCGAAUCUGUCCUGGCUGGCCAACGAGCUGGAGCUGAACAAGGCGCUCGUCUAUCUGCGCCAGAACGAUGUCAACCAGGCAAUCGAAACGCUGCAAAUGUACGACCGCAAAAGCGAGAGCUCCAUGACGGCCAGUGCGCUGACCAAUCUCAGCUUCAUCUACAUCAAUCUGGGCAACCUGGAGAUGGCCACACACUGCCUCAACCAGCUGCAGGAGCUGGGAGCACUGCAGACGAGCGUCUUGGCGCUGGUCAAUGCCAGCAUUGUGGAUAUGCGGAGUCAGAAUCUGAGCUCAGCUAAGGAGCGAUUGCAGCGUGCCUUACAGUUGGACCCCGAAAGCUUUGAGGCCAACUACAAUUUAGGUCUGCUGGCGCUGCAGCAGCAGGAUUUCGAGCUGGCCGAGGAGCAGUUCGAGCUGCUGAAGGCGCAGCUCAUGCAGCCGCAUUCGGUGCAGCACAGCCAUGUCUAUUACCAGCUGGCCAAGCUGCAGGAGCGGCGUCUGAGCAACGCCUCUGCCGGCGGCUUCAAGUCCAGCGCCUCGCCGGGCGCACUCCAGGCCUAUCUGCAGGUGCUGGGCAUCUCGGCCGCCGACAUCGACUCGCGCCUGUUCGAGAAGGUGGGCAGCAUGUACGAGCAGCGACAGGAUCAUCAGGAGGCCAAUCAGUACUAUAACGAGGCCUAUCGCAUCAACAUGAGCGACAUCAGCAUUGCCAGCUCCAUUGGCUCCUACUACAUCAAGCUGCAGGCCACGGAGAAGGCGCUGUAUUACUAUGAGCGGGCGGUGCUGGCGGAUCCCAAUGAUCCGAAUCUGAUGCUGCGCAUUGCCAGCUGCUUUCGCAACUCGUAUCUGCCGCCAAAGCAAUAUCUGGGCAUGUUCGAGAAGAUAUAUGCCCGCUUUCCGGACAACCUGACCUGUGUGCGCGCCCUGAUGCAGGUGACCAAAUCGCUGGGCAUGAGCGAGCUGCACGAACGCUAUGGCCAGGAGUAUGCCAGACUGCACAAGCAGCAGCAGGAACGACAGAACGAACAGCUCUAUCAGCAGCAGCGCCUCUCCUCGGCCACCUCCGGCAGGGGCAGCAGUCGUUUGAAAACAGUGCGUCCAUCGAACGAGGAGCGUCUACAGGAGAACAGCGAUAUCUCUGCAACACUCAUCCGUAUUUCAUCCGUUUUCCUAGUCAAACAGUAUGUGGAUCCUCUGGGCCCACCGGCCGAACGUCCUCGCACCGGCAUGCAUCGUGCACAGCAGAGCAACGACUCCGAUGACGAUGCGGAAAUGAAUGCCGACAGCUUAUUGCCCAUUUAAUAAUGUUCCAAUUGUAUGAACAGUAAAUAC